AUGAAUACUUGCAAUACCAGACGACCUCCAAAGCGCAAGCCUGAGUUUUAUGUCCACCAUGAACAGCCUGUGAUUUCCCGCCAAAUAGCCCUCACCGCUGACCAACAACACGUCCUAUUUGGCUCAACCAAAGUGCAUGUGGAGAGGGACCAUGACCCACAGCAACCCGCUGGUCCCGAAAACUUGAUGAGUGUGUCUUUCGAUGGCUAUGAUGAUGUGCCAUUAGGUUUUAGUGAUGGUGGUGAGGGUUUGGAGGGUGUAGAUGUCAUAACAACCUCUGCCACACACUAUGAAAACUCGAAACAUCUUGAUCUGCCACUGCAUCGAAUUGAGAGAUGGCGCGAGGACUGUUUUCAGCAAACAUCAUUGAAAGAAAUUGGAUUAAAUUUGCAGCUAGGUCAUAUGAAGCAUGAGCACUGUGCCCGUCAUGUCCCUGGCCGCAAGGAUUUCACCAUAAUCCACAUCAAUGGCAUUCACACUGUCUCCGUUGACUUCUGCGGAUGCCAAGGAGGUCUCAUGGCUGAUCAUUGGGCUCAACUGCUACGAGCAUAUUGGUUUCCUGCCACACCACUGGACCCACAGACAUGUGCUACAUUUGAGGUACUUCGCAUCUUUCACACAUUGAAUCUGCAAGGCCAUACAUCCAGAUACGACUUUUACAAGGCAUUGGAUUUUAUGACGGAUCCUACCAGUCUAAUUAAGGUCCAGGUCAGUAUUUAUGCAUUUUCAGUGCUAAAUUAUGUUCUGACUUCUAUCGACUUGUUAGGGAUGCCUACCCGCCUUCAUGAUCAUGGAACUCAGGAGGGAGAGCUUGCUGUGCAAUGCAGAGUUUGCCCUGCUGCUGGGAUCAAUAUUCCAGAGCACUUAGAGAACAUUCCUCCAUCUUCUAGAUUUCUUUACAAUCUCUUUCUAUACAUGGAUGCUAACUUUCGACUUCGAAAUCGCAUGCGCUCAAGCAAAGAGAAGGAUCCUGCCUUAGCUCCUGGGUGGAGCUACUUCAAUGCCAGCGGGCCCUACCACGAACACCUCAAGAAGUAUGUGGAUCAAGAAGAAAUCAGCACCUGUGCUGGUUUCGCAGCCUUGUUUCUUGCCAACUUAAAGUGUCGAAAGGGUGUUCGUGUCGCUGGGGUAGGCGGAGUGGUAUGUCGUCAUGAAUUAUGGAGGCCAAAUGGACUUGGAGACCUCCAGAAAGGCGAAAGAUAUUGUAACAUGGACUAUGUAUUCUUGUCUAGCAUCACCGGUGCUGGUACACUUCCCAUCGUGCUAUCUUACGAUGUUAUGUGCCAGUGGAAGAAAAUUUUUUGGAGCCGUAUAGAGGCCCUUCCAGACCACCUCCGCAGCAACUUGCAGAAGGAGAACCUCACGGGUGUCAUCCCUAAAUUUCACAUCAUCGUACAUGAACAAAUCUGCCAAUUGUUAUACUCAUUACACUACAUGCGAGGAGUGGGACGGACUGAUGGAGAAGGGAUCGAGCAUACCUUGGAUGACUUCUGUGGGUUUUCAAACUACAAGAAGGUGCUCUCUUUCGAGUUUAUACCUGAAGCUGUCGUUCAGCAGCAAAUGUUUCAGGAAUUUCAAGAAGGCUUGCGUCAAGAAAGGCCCAAGCAGCUUUACCAGUGGGAAAAAAUGCUAGUGGAUUGGGAAGAAGACCACUGCAAGCCUUGCCCAUAUGAAGAUCAUCAUAAUGCCAUGACACUUUCAGAUGUUCGCUUGCAGCUAGCACAGGAAGACGAGGCGUGUGGAAUAGCUGGUGUUUCUGGUGGAGAGGAGACAACUACCUUGUCAUUCCUGAUGCUGGGCUUGGAUAUCGAACAUUUGCAGCAAGAUCUUUACAUUGAUAUCAAAGAAAAACAAAAAAUUUCUACCUUACAGGCUGCUGCCUUCUCAGAGCGCCAUGCAGGCCUCCAUCGGAAGAUCCAAAACUUUCGUCAACUGCAGGAUGUGUACAUGCCAUCCUUAUGGCAUCGUCUUGAAGAUCCAGCAGUUUUAAAUGUUUCUGCAGAUGUUCUACCCAAGUCACUCACUCUCUUCAUGCCCUCCGAUGUCAACAGUUCCAUUCGUCACCAAGUUUGUGUCAAUGACCUCGUUGAUAUUGAGAUCCACAUACACCGUGCUGAUACUUCUGAUGCUUUGGAUAGGCAUCUUCGCACUCGCACUUUUCUCAACCGCUGGAAGGUGAAUAAUGUUACAGGCCAAUGGCCUAAUACCAGAGCAAGAGGCCUCCAGCAUGCCAAUGACCUCCGAGUGCAUUCUUCCAAAACACGGUAUUGUAGAUCGCAUCAGUGCCUGUUGGCAUUACUUGGCUCUGGUGAUUGGGAGAAGGCCCUCCAGCCUCUUGAGGACAGUGAUGUGAGAGGGUUAGGAGAAAAGGCUGUGCUUGCCUGUGUGGAGCAGCUGAAUAGGGUGGAGGCAGUGUGCGGUGCCCUUGCGCAGCUCAGAGAAGGGUGUCGUGUCCUAUCCUGGAUUUUGUACUCUGUCAGUAUGGCUGAAGAUGGUGACUUCGGAAUGCAUGAAGCUCUUCAUGUAGAGUGGGCCAAGGCAAAAGCGCAAAGACAGCGGGCGGCAUGCUGGAGUGAAGAGCUCAUGCUUAUCAAGGAGGAGAUGCGAUGGGUCAUCAAAUACUGUCAAUGGUGGGCUAGAUGGUGGGCUGAGAGGGCUACCGUCAGGGGAGGGGAGGUUGAUGACCAGCUUCUUGAAGGACUCCAGUCCUAUGCUGCAGAGCAAGCCUCUGUCGAGCAGUAUCGUGCUGUGCAGUUGGAGGCAAAAUGGGCGCCAGUAUCUGCAACUCACACUGCGUCCACGGGGUUAUCUUCUAUUGAGGUUGAAAUUAACGACGACUACGACAUGGAGUUUGGAGAUGACGAUAACGAUAAUGAUGAAUGA